CGUGCGUCAGCGCACGGAAGUUGUCAUAAGGAGCUAAAAAGAGCUGCAGAGAGGACUGCUGAUGUUAUAACCUGAAAAUAACUCUCUCUGCUGGCUUACAUACUAGAGGACUGCGGGUGUUUGUCGGGUCGUGAGCGAUAUAAACAGCAGAAGACGUCUACGGAGAUGGAGUGGUUUGGAGGCGGCGUGUUUCAAGCUGAACCGGACCGAAAGGAAACCAUGCCCCGCGCACACCCACAAGAGCCCAGUGUGGAGAGCGAGGCGUCUCUGUGCCUGAGUCAGCAGCGCUGUGUGAAGGCCUCGAUCGUGUCGCAGUGGCAGCUGGCCGAGGCGCAGGAUCAGCUCUGUGGUUUGGAGCUGCACAGCUCUGAGUCUGUGGAGCAGGAGCGUGCCCGAGCCCUGGCGUCCUCCACAGAGCUCUCGCAGACCGAGCAGGAGUGGAGACAUAAAGAGAGCAUGCUGGGACGGAGCCCCACUCUGUGCCCAGGGGCCAGCCGAGAUGUGUUUGACAAGAGUAUCAUAAACAGUUCACAGUCUUGGCCUAAUGAAUCCCAUCACGAUAAGAACAUAAGCUUCGUCCAGCGUAAUGAAGAACUCUUGAAACAUUUUGGUAUGUUGAGGAGAUGGGAUGAUAGUCAGCGCUUUCUAGCAGAGUACCACCAUCUCAUCUGUGAAGAAACGGCCAAUUACCUGAUCCUGUGGUGCUUCCGUCUGAAGGCAGAGCAAAAAGAGGCGUUAAUGGAGCAGGUGGCUCAUCAGGCAGUCGUCAUGCAGUUUAUUCUGGAAAUGGCCCGCAACACUCAGCAGGACCCACGAGGCUGUUUCCGUCAGUUCUUUCAGAAAGCUAAAGCAGGGCAGGAGGGAUACUUGGACGUCUUCCACACAGAACUCAACGACUUUAUGCAGAGAGUUAAAGAGUAUACCAUGAAAUCAAAAGGAGAAACCCCAAAGGAUACAGUGCACCAAAACACACCGCCAGGCUGUCAGCUCGACCCCAAGGAGGUUUUUGAGUCUUUGCCACCGGAGCUGAAAACAUGCAUCCAGAUGCAGGAUAUGCAGAUUCUUCAGAGCGUGCUGAGCAGCAUGAACCCGCAGGUGGCAGAAUACCACGUGAAGCGUUGCUUGGAGGCAGGACUUUGGACGAAUACACCAAGAGCCUCCAAAGAAGAGAGUUCAGAAACCAACGAGUGGAGAAUGAUGGAGAGCUAGCAGUGAAGACUAGCAGUCCCUGACUAAACCUCACUAGAAAAACAGCUCUGGGUCACAGGACAGGAAGAACAAGGCCUGUGCUCGUAUCUGUGCCGGGAUGUGUGCUGCACUUUAUAUUGGUUGAAAAGAGAAAGUAUUUUAAAGAGUAGGGAACUGUAUUUUAUCACAUUUCUGUUGCUAACUUCUGUUUUAGCAUUUUGAGUAAUGCAGGAGUGCAAAGGAAAACCUCAUUUCAGUUUAAAUCAAGCUUGUUCUUUUUGUUGUUCUCCACCAUUGGAUUAUAAUCUACAAUGUCCACUGAACAUUCAGACCCCAGCUGCUAUCUGGGAACUGUUUCAUGUGUCAUCUGUGCAUGGACGCGGCAGAUAACAGGCGGCUUCCUGCAGAUAGACAAACGACUCUAAGGCGAAGCAGGACCUCCCACUUUGUUAUCUUCACGAUGGAAAUGAGACCUUUGCAAAAGGUUCAAGUAGUGCAAGAUGAAAACCAGCAAUAUAAUGUUGUUACCUUUCAUUUUUGGGUGAAUUAUCCUAACAAAUAAGACUUUCAGAGAUGCCAUUUUGCCUCCCCAUCAGACUGACUUCUGUUAUUGCUUUGAAACACUGCCGAUGCAGUGUGUUUCAGAUAGUGUGCAUUGCUUGUGCUACAUAAAGAGCAUAUACAGCAAACCACGAUGUGUGUAAUAUUACAUGAUGGCUGUGAUGACAUUGUGCAAAUCUUUACAAGCAGAUCAAAUCCUCUAUUAAAUCUUUAUACCACCAAUA